AUGUUUGAAAAACCCACCUUCUCAGCCUGUCGCGGCUUAAUACCGACGAAAGCCCCGCGUUUCCUCCUGAAUGCCGGGAGCUCCCUGCCUCUUCCCCAGGACCGCCGAGCGCCCCCGAGCGCCACCCGGACGACGGUCCCCGCGCCCCGAGGUGAGCGGCGAGGAGACCCUCAGUCAGGCUCCAUCACAGCCGCCUCCGCCAACCAGCGGGCUCCCAAAUCCAGCGUCCGCUGGGCGCGGAGCCGCACGCUCGUGAGUCCCUCCAGGCCGGGGAGGUGGCGAUACGGCCGCCAGCCUGCUCCCGCUCUGCGGCAGGACGGCUCCCGACGCCCCAAGGCCCGGCUCCCAACGUGCGACACCCUCCGCUGCGAGGGGCCGAAGCCCCUGCCUCACAACCCGCCCUAG